AUGACUUCUAUGAACGAUGCCACGAGAACAUUGAAACAUACGUCACAAAGUUCAAGAGGGGGAACAAAACAACAGACAAGAGGAUCAGUAAGACCUGUUGAAAAUGGAGUGAGUCAGUCAGAUAAUAGGCAGCAGAGCCAAAACAGACACAAUCUGACAAACAGCCAGUCACGUCAAGGAUCCAACCAGGACCAAAACCUCAACCAAUCAAGACAAAGAUCUCAACCUGAAUCAAACCUCAACCAGUCAAGACAAAGAUCUCAACCUGAACCAAACCUCAACCAGUCAAGACAAAGAUCUCAACGUGGAGACUUUGACGAUGACAAUUACGGAAACAGAGACCAGUCUAGACAAAGAAGUCAACUCGACCAUAGUCGACCAGAUUAUCCAUCAAGGCAAAGAAGUCAGGAUGGACAGAGGUCUGUUUUAUUUACACAAAAUAGAAACAGGUCUGUGAUACAAAGCCCCGCCGGAUGGAGUAAUAGAGAGGACCCCAUUCCACAACGGAGUUUAUCCCAGCAGCUUGUGACACCAGCAUCUCAUCACCCAUCUCAUCCAAUCAGAGCGUCAGCCCGGCCUUCACAAGUUUCACAGACUGCUGUGUCCAGACGAUCAGCUCCUGGCAGUCAACAGACUGAUAAUGAAGAUGAAUAUGAUGACGACGAGGAAGAAGACGACUUUAGUGAAGAUAACUCGUUUGUGGAUUAUUAUCCGGAACAUGCACCACCCCCUUCUGUGAAGCCAAAGGGACCAAGGGCAGAAACUGCUGACGACUAUGAAACGUGCAGUUGUUUCCCAAAACGAAAGAAUAAAAACAUUCCGUCAAUGCUUUAUGAAAAUAUAACCUGUGUUCAUACGGGAUUAAAAGGUCAAUCACAUGCAGGUGUGUUUAAAUUCGAGGAUAACUGGAUUGAAAGAGACGUUCGAACGGCCCAAGAACAAAAGGAGAACAAAAAGAAAAACAACAAAAAACAGAGGACAAUCGACCGACCGAAGAUGAAAUAUAUGUAUGGUUAUCCCAAACCAGUCCUUCCAGCAUUUUCAGAUGAGGAGGAUGAUGAUGGUGAAGAUAGUGACCAAGAAGAAUAUGACGACGAUGAAAUGAUAUCUGACGAUGAAGUGGAUGUUGUAUCCACAAGAAGUAAACUUCAGACACGAUCUAGAAAAUCAAAUAGUAAAUCGGAAUCAAGAAACAAAAAGAAACAACAGAAAAAAGACGACAACGACACCGGGGUAGAGGAAAUGGACGACGAUGAUUACGAUGAGGAUGAGGAGGACGAGGAACCACAGGGUAUGGUUACUAGAGAGGAGGCGUAUUAUCCAGUGUUGCUGCCACAGAUCGGUCACUCCCCGCCCCCAUCCCGAGAAAGAACCCGCCACUCCGCAAGAUCACAACCAGCUUUACCACCUCUCCCAGAGAGUCCGUUCAUGACAACACAGAAAAAGAAAAAAACAUCCAUUAAACCAACACAGUCAUUCAGUUCAGAGCAGAGGGAAGAUCCGGUUACUAGAGAGAGUGGUAGACAUUCGGCUCCAGACAUCCGAAAUUCACCAUCACCACUACCUCAAAAACUUAUAACGAAGACCAGGCGAUUCCAAGGUGUUUACUAUGAUCCAGUCCGCAGAAGAGCGGUGCCGUACGAUAUUUCGUGGAACGGUCAUCUUGAACAAAAUGAUGGCAGAAUGUCCUCACGCAUGCCUAGUCGCAUGAGGAGCGGAAGUCGUUACAGCAAGGCUGAUAUUCCGGAGGAGGAGGAUUACUAUGACGACGAAGGAUACGAAGAAUAUCCAGGGACCUCUGGAAAUCGAUGAAUUUACAAAACUUCACCAAGAUGUAACACCCUAUCAGAAGUUGUGUUGUAUGAUGAACGACUUCGUGCUUAAGUCCCUCCUGUGACCACCAAGUCCAACAGUCUUUGUAUCCCGGGUGGACGCAGUGUUGGCGCCGAGUGUUGAACAGAAAGAUAAGUUAUCAUCACAAAUGGAUACUUGUUGUCAAAUCGGUAGAUAGAAAACUGAUGGUGCCAUUCAGGAUGUCCACAACUCAUGAUAAACCCAGGCCCGAACUCUGUUUGUAAACCUACAUAUGUUCCUUUUCUCACAAGUGUAGUAAUCAAAAAUAUCCAUUGAGUGGUUAACUCUUAUUGAAUCGGGAUUAAAUCACACAAAUUGCCCUCUCGAUUACAAGGUAACCCGAGUCCUGAUCGUCGUGCAUAUAAAUUCUUAGUUACUUUAAACCAUUGAAAAACCCCAAAUAGAUUUGUUUGGUCUACAUAAUAUCUAUUCAUGCUCAUCGGAAAGGAAAAGAAAUGCUUGAAUAAAAGAGCUUUCACAUAAACGGAACUGUCGUGAAGAUCUCCUUUAAACUGAGGACUUUUAGUAGAAUUUCUACUCUCUGAAGGGGUAGACCCUGUAGUUGUUAAAUGUUUGAUCAGUCUGUGUCACGAUUUUUAUAAACUCGGAGUAGUACUCUUUCAUUUAGCGAGACGGAAAAGACCACUACAAAAUAGAGGGUAAGAUUUUUAAGAAUUUCAAACUUCGUUGAUUGUCUGAAGUAUUGUAUGGUAUACGUUAUCAUCCCAUUACCUAAACAUGUACGUCGUUUAUAAACACUCAACAAACCAGUGUUAAUUUUCCUGUGUUAUUUGCUGUAUGUUCAAGUGUUAAUAAAUCAACAGUUAUCGUUC